GUGCGGGACACGCAUGUCUGCAAAAAAAAACCCCCCUCAAUGUCGCUUAUCAUGUUGGCACCCGACCGAGAAACAAAACUAGUGGUCAGGGCGACCCAGCCAAAGCAAAGUGUAUCCUCCACGUGAGUGAUUACAGGGGUAACGACAGGAGCAGCCAAUGAGCAUGCUGGUGACGUCCACACACGCCAAGCCGUGCGAAAUGCGCUAACACCGGCGAUGUUUCUCGAACCUCGGAGGUUGACCAAGUUCAAUUUGCCAUCGCAACCGCAACCACAACUGCCAUUCUGCCACAUUUCACCAGCACACGACUCCAACAGCCCAACACUUCAACAAGAUGCCUCGUCAGCGCUCCGGAACCGCUCCUCCUCGCCGCCCCCAGGUCCCCGCGGCUAGGCAAGCGACCACUGCGCCUGCGCCUCCAUCAUCGCGACCUCACUCAACUGCUGCAGCUCCCGCCCAGCACGCUCCCACCCAUGCGCCUCCGCAGCAGCAGGUGCAGGCUCCUACACCUCAGGGGCCUGGGCUGUUUGGGCAGAUGGCCAGCACGGCUGCCGGUGUUGCCGUAGGAUCCUCAAUUGGCCAUGCGGUUGGCGGAUGGUUUAGUGGCGGUUCCUCUGCUCCCGCCGAUGCCGCGCCCCAAAACACUGAAUUUGCUGCACAGCACCAGCCGGCCGGCCAGGCAUCCGCUCAGAUGGCCCAGUCGGGACCCUGCGCAAACGAUGUGCAAAGCUUCCGCAAGUGCAUGGACGAGAAUCAGGGUAGCCUGACCAUUUGUGGGUGGUACCUGGACCAGCUCAAGGCGUGUCAGGCAGCAGCUGGCCAGUACUAGGUGUGGUCUAGGACCUUGAAACUCAAGGCAAAGGAAAAAGAAACAAGAUGGGAGCAUGUAUGAAUACGGAAAGGUUAUGAAAUGCAUCUUGGAGCGCAUGGAGCAAAUAGUGCAUUUGAAGAUUGCAGCCUUGAUGCAGCGUCUUGUCGACCAAUCAAUCACAUCACCACUUCUCUCUACAUGCAACUUUUAAUGGCUUUUGCACUUUUAAUGGUGUGCAUUUUGCUUAGGAUGAAAAUGGCUGCAUAGAGCCGGAGCAG